GUGACAUUCAUAUUUCUUUAUUAUGUUUACAUAUUUUAUUAUUAUUUAGUGUACAUUUUGAUUCUCAAAUAUGAGUUUAGGUGGUACAAAAAGAGAGUUAGAUUAUUCAGAUAAAUAUGAUUCUCCUAAUAAGAAAUCAGCAAUUUCUCAAAAAUAUUCAGAUAACACUUGGGAUCCAGAAAAAAAUACUGUCCUAGUCAUCACAAAGGCAAAAGAUGAUAGAUUGGUAUAUAUUACUCGGCAACUUGCUGAAUGGUUAAUAUUUACUCCACGUUUUGGAAAAAAGAAUCCUUUUAUAGUUUAUGUUGAUUCGCAUCUAAAGGAUUCCAAAAGAUUUGGGCUUGAAAAACUCAUUAAAGAAAAUCCAGUUUGGGAAACAAAUCUAAAGUUUUGGAAUCCCAAGCUUUGCUACAAACACCCUGAUCUAUUUCAUCUUAUUAUUACUCUUGGUGGUGACGGUACAAUUCUUUUUACAUCCAACUUAUUUCAAACCAAAGUUCCUCCUAUUAUGCCCUUUCAUCUAGGCUCACUUGGAUUUUUAGCGCCAUUUGCAUUUACUGCAUAUAAACAAGAACUUAAUAAUUUAUUUACAGGGCAAUUAAAAAGUAUUAUCCGUAUGCGACUUAGUUGUACAGUAUAUCGAUACAGACAAGAUCCUUACUGUUUUACAAAGGCAAGGCGGAAUUCGACUAACAAUACUAUCUGGACUCGUACUAUACCAAUUGAUAAAAAAUCGAAUAGUGAACAUCAUUUAACAGAUGUGCAGAACAAAUGGGAGCUAAUGGAAACAGCUUGGAUGAGAAAAGCCUUUGAACAAGCAUCAAAACGCAAUCCAGAUCAAAUUCGUUCAUUAAAUGAAAAGGUGAUGUGUUAUACGACUGUUCCAAGUCAAACUUUCCAUGUAUUGAAUGAAAUAGUUGUGGAUCGUGGUCCAAGUUCUAAUAUAUCGAUGCUUGAGCUUUUUGCAGAUGAUAGACAUUUAACAACUGUUCAAGCUGAUGGGCUAUGCAUUGCAACAGCUACAGGCUCAACCGCAUACUCACUUUCAGCUCAUGGAUCACUUACACAUCCUGAUAUGCAAUGUACCUUGGUUACGCCUGUUUGUCCUCAUACCCUUAGUUUUAGACCCAUGCUUUUACCUAGUAAAAUUACAAUUCGAAUUGUCGUACCAUUUGGUUCAAGGCAUACUGCAUAUUGUAGUUUUGAUGGAAGAAAUAGAACUGAAUUAAAACAGGGAGAUCAUGUCAAGAUUACAGUAUCACCAUAUCCAGUUAAAACCUUUUGUGCAUGUGAUUCUAGUAAUGACUGGUUUACUUCUGUCCAAACUUGUCUUCAAUGGAACAUGCGUCGACGACAAGAAUCAUUUGUAGUUGUUGAAGGAGAUGAAAUAUCAACACAAGAAAAGCCAAAGCCUGAUAAUUUAUUUGCAUGUCUUCGGUCAAUAGAUAAAGAGCAAAAGAAUGGAACCACUAAACUUGAGAUGCCUAAAAUACAAAGAUUGUCUGAAGAGACAGACUUAGAGAAAGCAUUUGAUUUAAUCCCUUGGACUGACGAGGAAUUACAAAGAGAACAAACUACAGUCGAAAGCUAUAAUCUAAACAUUGAGAAGAAUAAAUCUAAAAUUUAAUUCAUAAUCAUAUAGAAUAAGAUCAGUAGUAAGUAGUAGUCGUAAAUUUCAUCUCUACUACCACAAUGCAUUUUUUUAAUAAUAAUCGCGUCACAAACGCGUAUAAUAAAAAUAAAA